AUGGCAUCAGCAGCGUCAUAUUACCGAUGGAUUCUUUUUUUCCUGCUAGCUGUGCUUUGGAUACUCUUUGCGUCGCAGAAGUCGUACAUAAGAGAAAACAAAAAUCUUUCUACUCAAGCUUCCGCCACAGCAACAUACCACGACGAUGCUGAUGUCAUCUUUCCCUCGAAUUCAAUAUCCACAGAAACUGCAUUUCCACCGUUGACCUCUUCGAGCGAUAUAUCCGCAUUGAUCCCGGAUCCGCCCACGUCAGCAUCUUCACAAGAUGACACGGAAACAAUUUCAACCCAUAAACCUCGGGUCUUAAUUGUUUUUUCAUAUACCGAGUCUGACAGGGCACGGGAGAACCUGAAGUAUUUUAUCAAACAUGGCCUACAUUUAGCAGCCGAUUUUCUCUUCAUUUUCAAUGGCCAAACAGAUGCUGCAAUUGAGGUCCCCUUGCAGGAAAAUAUUCGAAUUGUAAAAAGAGAGAAGACAUGUUUCGACUUGGGUAGUACAGGAGAGAUUAUUAGGGCGGAUGACCUAUGGAACGUUUAUGAUCGUUUCAUAAUCAUGAACGCCAGUCUGCGAGGCCCCUUCUUACCUUAUUGGAGCGACAGCUGUUGGUCUGAUAGGCUGUUGGCUAAGAUCACAGAUACAGUCAAGCUUGUUGGGAUCACCGCAAAAUGCUGGCCCAGCUUUCAUAUUCCGUCGGUAAUAUGGGCUACAGACAAAGUAGGAAUGGCAUUCCUACUUGAUUUCACUAUAGGACGCACAACAUCGGUCUUUGGCGGUCUUGAAGAUCCAGUUGGGCUAAGCGGAUGUUACAAAAGCCUUAAACAGGCGGCGCAUGCAGAGGUUGGAGCCACUUCUGUCAUAUUAGAGGCAGGAUAUAGUGUCGAUGUUCUGAUGUCAUCUUUCCAUAAAGACUUCGACAGCGAAGCGUACUGCGACUCGGCGGCUGCUGGAGUUUUGGACCCGUUCCGAGAGGGUAGCUACCUUGGCGUCGGACUUCACCCUUACGAAACCAUGUUUCUUAGAACGAGUCGUGGCGCAGACUCUCCAUCUGAGGAAACUUUGUCUUCUUUGAUGGGAGAUAUGGCGUACUCUAGUUAUCAAAGUUGUAAAAGGUGA